UGCAGGCGUUGCUCCACGCUUCUCGAUCCAGGCGUCCUCUCCCGGCGGAAGCUCCGUUUUUCAGCCUGUUCGGAAAACUGAAAGCUGAUGCGGGUUCGCUCACUGGGAAAGCUGAAGAUCCGAAAAGGGCAUUCACGACCAAGUGGAGAGUAUAUGCACGGAUCUGAAGGAAAUGCCUCAUACGCCGAUUGAAGUGGCUUGUUAUGCAGUACGGUAAUGUUAUUUUUCAAAAUCCAGCUGGCUUUUUUAACGCUUGUAACUAGGGGCAACUUUUAAGGACCACCACAUAUGUUUUUCUUACUUGGAUUGUUAAUGAGUAAAUUAUUCGCUGCAAAUGGACAGUCCUUGCGUUGCUAAAGAAUCUGUCAACAUAAUCUGAAAACAGACUGUUGCGUGAUUACAGGAAAUUUGGAGACUAAACUGAUAUAAAACAAUCGAUGCAUUUUUAUAUAUGACAAUUUUUAUGCAAUUUCGAAUAUUUUAAAACACUCGCCAAACUUGUUAAACCUGUGCGCGCGCACCUUCCCUGAACUCUCCCAGAAGAGACGCCCGCAUACUGCCCUGACGGGAGGAGCAGAAUGAUCCGCACCUGACACCCAACUCCGGACAUUCGCUCCAGCUCCAUAUCUGUGUGGAACAUGAAGACCGCCGCGAUCCUGACCGUUGGAGUUCAUUUGCUUUGCUUCCUUUCCGGCAACUGGACAGCAACUCUGGGUGGCUACGGGUCAGACUCCAGGCUGGGGCCGCUGCAGUACCCCAAUGUGUCCAACAUCAGCACCUUCCUGAUGAACCCCUCCUCAGGGAUUCUCUACCUGGGAGCACGGGACGCCAUCCUCGCGGUGGACACCUCUGACCUCAGCGCAAAGCACAAGCAGAUCGUUUGGGACGUCCCGGAGGACAAGCGGCGGUCCUGUGUAGGCAAGGGGAAGACGGAGGUGGACUGUCACAACUACAUCCGGCUGCUGGAGUUCCUGGACGAUGGCAGGAUCUACGCCUGUGGCACUUACGCCUUCGACCCUCAGUGCAGCGUCAUCAACACUGAGAGCUUCUCUCUGGAGACGACGGAGGAGGGAGCCGUGAGGAUGGAGACGGGGAAGGGGAAGUGCCCCUUCGAACCCAGCCAGCAUUACACAGCCGUCAUGGCAGACGGAGUCCUGUACACAGCCACCACCAGCAACUUCCUGGGGACGCUGUUCGACAUCUCCCGGGCAACGGGCAGCGAAGGGGAGCGGAUCCGCACAGAGCAAUCCAUUAACUGGCUCAGCGACCCAGAGUUUGUGAGCUCUGCCUUCAUCCAGGAGAACAAACACAAUCCCGCAGGGGACGACGACAAGAUCUACUUCUUCUUCACGGAGGUGGCCAAAGAGUACGACCUUUACACCAAGGUCAAAGUGCCCAGGGUGGCCCGUGUCUGCAAGGGGGACGUGGGGGGGAUGAAGACCCUGCAGAAGCGUUGGACCACCUUCCUGAAGGCACAGCUGGUGUGUGAGGACCGGGCCAGCGGCCAGCGCUACAACAUCCUCACCAACGUCUACACCAUGGAGCACCAGCAGGGAGACCCCAGCAGCACACACUUCUACGGCAUCUUCACCUCCCAGUGGGAGAGAGAGGAGCUGUCAGCGGUCUGUGUGUACAGUCUUGCUGAUAUCAGUAAGGUGAUGGCCGGGCCCUUCAAGGAGCUAAAGAAGACCUGUGAGAACUGGAUGAACCCAGAGCCUGUUCCUAACCCCAGACCAGGCCAGUGCAUCACCAGCGCCCUGAAGGCUGAGGGCUUUGAGUCGUCCCUCAAGCUGCCCGACAAAGUGCUGACGUACGUGCGGGACCACCCCCUGAUGGAGAACAGCGUGGCUGCAGCGCCCCUGCUGGUCAGGAGAGGAAUAACAUACACCCGGAUCGCAGUCUCCCUGACAGCCGUUUCCAACAGUGACCGGAGCGCUGCUGUACUGCUCCUGGGCACAGAUCGUGGGGAGCUGCACAGGGUGUCUGUUGUGGGCCAGAACGCCACCCUCCUUCAGGAGAUCCCACUCUUUACUGCCCAGGAACCUGUGAACAACAUCCUGCUACACAAGGACCAGGCCCUGGUGGGCUCCCCCCUGUCUCUGGCCCGUCUCCCUGCAGAGGGGUGUGGGCUGUACCCCAGCUGUGAGGUGUGUGCCCUCGCCCGGGGGUUGGGCUGCGUGUGGAGACCCAAGGAGGGGGCCUGUUCUCCUGCCCUGGAAGGAUCGCCCCCAGGGCCUGAAGACUCCCUGAAGCUGUGUGACAGUGGAGAGGCGCGCUGUUCUCCGGCAGUGAAAGAGCUGCGUGUGACGGAGGGUCUGCAUGUGCUGCUGGCCUGUGAGCAGGUGUCGCCCCGGCCCUGUUUUUGGGAGCACCCCCCGCACCGGCACACGCGACAGCACCACUCGCACCUGGAGGUGAGGGUGACGCAGGACAGCCUGGGCUUUUACACCUGCCUGUGCGAGGAGGCGGGCCGCGACCCCACACCCUGCCGGCGCGCGGCGUACGAGCUGACGCUGGAGGGCCCGGUGGUGGGGGGCGCGGUGGGGCUCGGCGGCGGGAGGCACGUGCUGGCUGUGUAUGUGCUGUUCUUCCUCGCCGGCGUGGUGGGCGGGGCCUUCCUGCUGCUCUGCUUCCAGAGGCGCCGGCCGGCCGCCAGCGAGCCGUCGGAGAAGGGCCGGGACCUGCUGCCCUCCUCGGACACGCCCCAGUCCCCCAGCAGCGCCAGCCUGCUGUCCGAGGCCGUGCCCCUCACCGAGAAGAGGAACGGCACGCUCAACGGCCACGGCGCCCUCUACGCCAACGCCAGCGGCCUCAAGCUGCACGAGUCCGCCGUCAACCUGGCGGAGGAGCUGGACGGGCGGGAGCGGGAACGGGCGGGGCUCGGGCGCGGGGACGAGGGGCGGGGCCUGGAGGAGGAGAUCGCCGCCGCGCUGGAGGAGCUGCCCCAGACGCCGCUGUUUAAAGGAGCCCCACUGGCACAGUGCGAGGAGAGCUCCAUCUGACAGGAAGCACAGCGCUGCUGACACGGCCCCCACACACACACACAUACGCACACACAUACAUACGCACACACCCACA